CAAAGUGCCACUUGGACGUAAUUUGAUAGAAAUUUGAAAAACAACAAAAAAGUUACUUGUUUGAGCUGAAACUUCUCAUGGAUAUCAAUAAAGUCUUCAUCAAUAAUAUUCCAAAGUUUCGUCUUUUGUCUCAAACCAGAAAGGAUUGAAAUUUAGCGUUCAUUUUUCGGUCGCCAUUGAUUGCUUUGCAAAUCUUUGGAAGACUGGGUCGAGCUCUUGCCGAACCUGAAAACGAGGCAUGACGUCAUACAUAUAACAAAUUCACAUGGCUAAUUAUUCAGGUGAAGUUUUGACGGCUUUGACGGCUUUGACAGCUUUAAUUUGACAGCUUUGUUUUGAUUUUUUGUCGAUGACUUAUUGAAAAUUAUGACAACGCGAUGCAUUGUAGCUGGCUGCAGYUCUAAAGCAGACAAACAUGAAGGAAUUUCAAUUCACAUUUCGCCUAUAGAAAGAAAAAUAUACAACAAAUGGUGCGGGUUUAUCCGUACGCAUCGAAAGUCAUGGGAUCCACGGAAAGGGUUAUUWGGUGUUUGCUCUAAGCAUUUUAGAAGAGAGUGUUUUUAUCGGCCUUACCAUGUUCCCGGGCAGAUAAGGAAACUUAAAUUCGGCGCUGUUCCGACAAUUUGGAUGCCAAACGAAGAACGAAAUGAACUCCCUUUGACGGAAAGAGGUCGGCGACAGGCUCUGAAGGAAAUUGACAUGAAGAACGUCACAAAUAGCAGUAACAAAUUGUGCACAAAUAUGGCCACAUUUCAACAUCAAKCUUUAAUAAAUGAAGUCGAGGUCWUCACUGAAAACAGCUCAAUGCAUAUUGAUCAAGAGGUUACUCCAAACAUUCACUUGGAAAAUGCAGUGCAAUUUGAGGCUUACAAUAUUCCWAAUGAUCACAACUAUGCAUUUUGCCAAUAUGAUUCUUUUGAACAUGAAGUCUUGAAGGAUACAUCUGUGCAGGCUGAUUCAAGGGAAAUGUUCUGUGCUCAGGAUAAACAAACUCAAGUCAACUUUAACUGCRGCUAUUGCCAAGAAUUGACAGCGACUGUUAGGGCCUUGCAAAGACAACUGGCAACUACAAAAAAGACCAAUAGUAGCCUUACAGACAUACUUGGAGAGGCAUGUAAGAAACCAAGCACAACAACAGCAGGAUCACAGACAGAUAUACCUGAAAACCUUGAAGAAUUUCCAACAUUGGACCCACACAUUCAAGAAGAGGUCGACAAGGUCAUGGAGCAUGAUGAAGACAUGCCAAUCGAUGAAGAACCAGUUGAAGAAAAUUAUAAUGAAACUGAUGAUGAUGGGAAUAAUAGCACAACAACAAAUAUUAAUGAGAGAUUGAACACUGAGGGAAAGGAUUGCAGAGAAGAACCUAAAGCAAUUGUUUUUCUUUCAAAACUUCUGCUACUCUUCCAAUUUUGUUUCUUUUGCCAUCAUCCUAACCCUAAAGUAGACAAACGACAAACUGGAACAAUGAUUACUAUUGUAACCAAAUGUUCACACUGUAUGCAGACCUUUACAUGGUUGAGCCAGCCACUUUUGUUAGGACGGUUUCCAGCAGGAAAUGUAUUACUAAGUUUUGCCAUACUUACAGCUGGAGCAUCUGUCAAGAAAGUUCUCCUUGUGUUGCAACAUAUUAACAUCCUUGUU